AUGAACGACUGCACUGAGAAAUACACUGUACCACAUAGUUGCAUCUCGAGGCAGCGGGAAGAAUCUAGCUACAAAGAUCACACCGUGCUCUGCAACAACAGGAUGCGGUUACCUGAGAGAAGGGGUGGUCAACCCAGUGAUUGUGCCACAACAGAUUUUUGGAGUCAAAGUGUUCCACUACGGCGGACCCUGCCCGGAGCAGCGAUUUAUCCUUCGAUGGUGGUAGACGGGGACACUAAUUACGAUUCAUUACAUGUUUUCAUCAAAGAACACUCCCAAGAACCACAGUCAGAAUUUGAAAGAGCAGAGACGCAGCACCUACCAGUGGAGCCGAGGGGGCACAUGCAUUCUGAACGACGGACAUCACUGCACGGUAAAACGCUUCCAGCACGCAUGAGCCGUAACGAAACGAGAUAUCGAAAAUUGCAAGCACAAGUAUAUAACUUUUUGGAGCGACCAAAAACAUGGACAUCCUUUGUCUAUCACGGCCUGGUGUUCGCCUCCGUGUUCACAUGUCUAAUCCUGAGUGUGUUAUCCACUGUGGAUGAAUAUGCACAUUCCGCCAGUCGAAUUCUAUUGUAUAUGGAAUUGGCCAUUCUAUUUUGGUUCUUCGCUGAAUAUUGUAUUCGGUUGUGGAGUGCUGGCUGUCGCUCACGGUAUCAAACAUGGCAGGGUCGCUUCCAUUUUGCAAGACGGCCUUUCUGCAUCGUCGAUUUCGUUGUCAUUGUGGCAAGUGUGGUUGUCUUGGCUGUGGACUCCGAUCGUAAUAUGUUUGCUGCGAGCGCUCUUAGGGGUCUAAGGUUCUUUCAAAUUCUUCGCAUGAUUCGAAUGGACAGAAGAGGCGGAUCGUUCAAACUGUUAGCUAGUGUGGUUUGGGCACACCGCCAGGAACUAUUCACUACCAUGUAUAUUGGAUUUCUUGGAUUACUUUUCGCAUCUUUUCUCAUUUACCUGGUGGAGAAAAAAGAAAACGAGAAGAUCCGCACUUAUGCUGACGCCCUUUGGUGGGGUGUAGUCACCCUUUGUACUGUUGGGUACGGGGACACUGUGCCUAGAACCUGGUUGGGAAAAAUAAUCGCUGCUUUCUGUUCCUUGGCGGGGAUUUCCUUUUUCGCUUUACCUGCUGGAAUUCUGGGUAGCGGCUUUGCCCUCAAAGUACAACAACAUCAGCGUCAGAAACACCUGAUCCGUCGGCGAGUACCUGCAGCCACACUGAUCCAAUGUUUGUGGCGAUGUUAUGCUGCGGAUUCCAACUCAUCUUCUGUGGCUACUUGGAAGAUACAUACCAGACCUAUACGAAGACCUACAGGCCUAACAUCCUCUUAUUCGCUAAUGGAAAGGGGAGGAUUUUCGCGCUUAGCAAGAUUUUCCACAUUAAGACGGCGGCCGGACAAACCAAUCACAACAGGUGCUUCAAACUUCAAGUCCACCGAAUGGAUUGAAUCAGUCAAACGGGGCAUUCCGCACAUAACAUGCGACCAUGGCCAAAAUGACGAACCCCAGUCGUCCCCGCUGCACAGAGAAAUGAGUGAAAGUGCCACAUUAUUGCCAUACCAACCUUAUGCAAACAAACUGGAAACCUUGGGUGAAAAUUUGGUCGCUCAGCCCCGGCUUACACGGCAUGAAAGCGAUAAAGGUUUGAGUAACUUUGAAUUACCAAUGGUAGAUGCGCCGGAGGCAUUGGAUACAGAAGUUGAGCAGUUCAGCCCAAGGUCAAACAGUCCUGCCCCUUGGAAGUGGGCUAGUCGACGAUCUUAUACGCAUAAUACAGCGGAUGCAAAUGAAGUUUCAGAGGUCGGGUAUCUUGGUGAACGAAGUCCAUCGAUGACUCCCCGUGGUCUGACAGAACAAGACAAGACCGUAAUCAGGAUUGUUCGAAAGAUCCGAUUUUUGGUCGCAAGAAGAAAGUUUCGCGAGGCUCUACGGCCUUACGAUGUCAAGGAUGUGAUAGAGCAGUAUUCUGCCGGUCACCUUGAUAUGUUGUCCAGGGUGAAAACAUUGCAGUCUAGGGUGGACGAAAUUCUGGGUCGACAAAGCGGGAAACCGGAAGAUGUUUACAGUUCUCAUCAAAGUCUGGCAUCACGGAUUGUGAAAAUCGAACGAAAGAUUGACGCGAUUGAAAUGAAAAUCGAUCGACUUUCAAGUAUGUACAAGUCGGAUCGGAUGUUCCAGCAAUAUAAACAAGCCACAUCGACCCAGAGACGAUGUGGUCCUGAAGAGCAUCCACCAUCGUCCUCACACGAAUCCAGGGGAAACCAUACAGUAAUGUAUUCGAAUGUACAGAAAACGUCCCCAGUUUUCGCAACCUUACAGCACGAAGGUUUUGGCGGUGACACAAUGAAUGCUGUGGAGCAAGAGGCACUGGUUUUGUGCUUUGGCAACAAAACCGCUUACGAUUUUGUCGAAGAGUUAAUGGACUCUGAGCAUGUAAAUAGGUCGUCAAAAAUAAGUCAGUCGCAGUUUUGUCUCUCUCAAGAACGUCUUCCUCCCGUUGCACUCCCGCUGACUUUGAGCAUGGCAAGCGAACCGGGAGUCAAUACGCAGCUCAACACAGCACCGUUCAGAGAAAGUGUGUUAUUUGAACGGCGGUCGGAUAUGACGAGUCGCUGGAGCUGGACAGAGGGGAUGCUCGUAGAAAUACCCGGAAAUGCACUCAUUAAACGACGUCAAGGUAGCGUCAAGUUUUCGCGACCAAACAGGAUCAAAACCACUCAGUCUUUGGACCUCACAAAUACAACAUCGCGAUGA